UAACGGAGGUAGUAAUAUAGAUUAUAUCCUUAUUGACUUAUUGACCAUUUUACACAAUAAAGUAACUAACUAAAUGCACCUAUGCCCCUAAAGUUUAAUUGCUUUGACGAAACUUGAUCUUUAAUAUAUUAUACCUACUUACUUCUUCUUUAAAAAAAAUAACUACCGGCUAAUUAUAAAACACUUUUACGUAAUACGCUAAUGCAAACAAUUUGUCAAACAAGCUAGCUUUAAACCUUCAAACUCUAACAAGCUAGUUUAAAGUUUUAAACAGUUAAUAGAGAUGAAGUCAAGAGUUUUCCAAAAGAUCAGUCAUCACAAUUUAUAUUUAUAUCCAUAUCAUAAUUUUAAUCCAUAUCCAUUUAUCUGGGAGCAUAUAUAAAAGCUGAAUUCAUAAAAUUGAUAAAGUUAGUAAUCCUCACAAAGAAAAAGAUAAACAUCCAGUUAAAUUCCCCUCUCUCUUUCUAAUGGCAGAUCAAGGAAAGCAGGCUGAGAUCUUUGAGCUCGACAAUGGUUCAAUGCAUGUAAAAAUCUCAAACUAUGGCUGCACAAUCACUUCUUUAUCAAUCCCUGACAAAGACGGUAAACUUGCGGAUGUUGUAUUGGGAUUUGACUCUGUCGACCCUUACCUGCAAGGAGCUGGAUCAUAUUUUGGUUGCAUUGUCGGUCGUGUUGCAAAUCGAAUUAAGAAUGGGAAGUUUACACUUAAUGGAGUUGAGUACUCUUUGCCUGUGAAUCCCCCAAAUAGUCUCCAUGGUGGCCAUAAAGGAUUUGACAAGCAGAUAUGGAAUGUAGUUGCCUAUGAGAAAAACGACACUCCCUCGAUUACUUUUAAGUAUCCCAAUCAUGAUGACGAGGAAGGUUAUCCUGGUGAUCUUUCUGUGACUGCAACAUAUACUCUUACUUCCAAAACAACCAUGAGGCUAGACAUGGAAGCUGUCGCUGAGAACAAGGCCACUCCAGUCAAUCUUGCUCAACAUACAUAUUGGAAUCUAGCAGGGCACAAUUCAGGGCCUGUGCUUGACCAUCAUAUUCAAAUAUGGGCAAAUCACUACACCCCAGUUGACGAGAACACAGUCCCAACCGGAGAAAUUGUCUCAGUUAAAGGCACACCAUUCGAUUUUAUUUUGGAGAAGAGGAUCAGUCAGGAUAUUGAUAAAGUUGGCAUGGGCUAUGAUCACAAUUAUGUGCUUGACUGUGGGGAUGAAAAGACAGGAUUAAAACAUACGGAACCAGGCUGUUGUUAGUAACUCUUCAGCCACAGAUACAGUUCCAUCUGUA